UAAUAAUAAUAGUAAUAAUAAUAAUAAUAGUAAUAGUAAUAAUAAUAAUAAUAAUAAUAAUAAUAAUAAUAGUAAUAACGAUAGUGUUAAUAAUGAGGAAACCAAUUUUAAAGAUAAAGUAGCUCAGAUUUCAUAUAGUAUGCCUAAAACUCCACCAGAAAUGAAAAAAGAAAAAAAUAAUAAUGAAUAUAAUGAAAAUGAAUAUUUACAAAAUCUUUUAGAUACUGAAAAAGGAGAAUCGCAACAUAUUAUAUUAAACGAACAAAAUAAAAAUAAUAAUAUACUUCAAACUAUAUCACAAAAUCAACAAGAUAAUAAUUAUCAAGGUAAAAUAAUUAAUCAAUCAAUAGAUCAAGCAAAUAAUAUUUUUAACAAUAAUCAAAAUCAAAAUGGUAGUAAUAAUUGUUUUCAAUUAAAUAUCGAUCCUGAUAAAAUAAAUCAAGAUAUAUAG